CCGAGGAGGACCCUGGCGCAUCCUUCACUGCGACAUCAGGUCCACCAUCGAGAUCCCCACUGCCGCCAUGGUCACCAUGGAGAAGGCGGACGUCUCAGUGGUGGAGAGCGGCAUCGGAGGCCUCGAGGAGGUGAAGGUGAUCCAAAAGCAGCAUGCGUUCACCGGGGAGAAGGUUCCCUUCCGAGGAGAGCCCAACACGGGCCUGAUCUGCUUGGACGAGUCCUGGUGCUGCCUGCUCGGCUGCACCAUAGAGAACACGGGGGAGGGAGGGGCGGGCAUCCGGUACAGCGAGUUCGCAGGAGGACUGAUCGAGAGCUGCCUCGUGCAGUUCCAUGAUGUCGGCAUCAUGCUGGAUGGGUCUGUUCGGGUCGCCGUGUACAGCUCUCUCUUCCAGCACAACGUGCUGGGCGCCUUCUACGCAGGGCGGUGGAUGCAGGAGGAUGCAGAGGUGGAGCUGGUGGACAACACGAUCUGCACCAACAGCAUGAGCGAAGACCCGAACAAGGGCAUGUGGGCGACAUUCAGGAAACCUGCUAGGCUCACAGUCAGCGGCAACCGUGAGAACUGGUGAGGAGAAUGUUGUAUUGACUUGUGAUUCUUAAAGUGUGUCAAAACAUUUUUAUUGGAUAUCAUAAAGGCACUAUUGCUACU